UAUUGAGCAACAGCGUAACAAAAAGCGGAUGUUCUUAGCUAAGACAAGAUUUUAUCAAGCUAGCGAACGUCAGUUGGUCAGUUUUUUCCACUUUCACUUCUUGAAAAAUAGUAAGUGAUCCCGGAAAAACUGACAUCGAGGGACUUAAGUUGUUAAAAAAAAUUUGUUCCGGGGCCGUAACAUCGUCGCUUGACUAUUGAACAGAAGAGUCACAUCCCCAGGGAAGGAUGGCCUCCCGUAAGAAGGUGCUGCUGAAGGUGAUCAUCCUCGGAGACUCUGGGUGAGUGAUCGGAAGAUCGUCAUGGUGUUUACACAACCAGAUAUCACUCAUUUUGGAUAUUCCCAACUGACGUGCAUAGGUUCUGUAGCACCCUUGCAUGCGAGUGUACAACAGCCUCUGUCAAGAAGUCAGGAUCUUUCAGGCACAUGUAGCUGUGCAAGUCGUCAGUGGUUUCGAAGCCCUUCUCUGGCUGUUACCCUCAAUCGCUACAGUUCUAUAUGUGCAGCUAAGUGUGUGUGUGUGUUCCUUCCCAGGGUAGGGAAGACUUCUCUGAUGAACCAGUAUGUAAAUAAGAAGUUCAGUAACCAGUACAAGGCCACUAUAGGAGCGGACUUCCUCACCAAGGAGGUGAUGGUGGACGACAGGCUGGUCACCAUGCAGAUCUGGGACACGGCCGGGCAGGAGCGGUUCCAGUCUCUGGGCGUGGCGUUCUACCGCGGCGCUGACUGCUGUGUGCUGGUCUACGAUGUCACGGCGCCCAACACCUUCAAGACACUGGACAGCUGGAGGGAUGAGUUCCUGAUCCAGGCCAGCCCCAGAGACCCAGACAACUUCCCCUUUGUGGUGCUAGGCAACAAGAUUGACCUCGAGAACAGACAGGUGACGACAAAACGUGCCCAGGCCUGGUGUGCCAGUAAGAGCAGCAUCCCCUACUUUGAGACCAGCGCCAAGGAGGCCAUCAACGUAGACCAAGCAUUCCAGACCAUUGCCCGCAAUGCCCUUAAACAGGAGUCUGAGGUGGAGACGUAUGACUUCCCAGACCAGAUCAAACUGAGAGACGACCGGCCCGCCGAACCCAGCGACGGCUGCUCCUGCUGAGACCAACCAACAAUGGAUAGAGGGGACCAGGAAGACCAUGGGGUGCAGCUCAACAAUUCUCCUUGUCUCUUUUACCUCCUCUGCACUGGUGUGAAAGACUGGGACAGGUGAUGCUAAUUCGGAGGCCGUCUCCCACACAGCCUUCCCGUGUUCUCACAUCAGUGCAGAUGAAGAUGAUUCGAGGGGAGAUUGAGAUGCACCCCGAGGAGAGAGCCCGGGGACACACCCCCAGUCCUCUCCCCUCAGUCAGCUACAGAAGACUCCAGGUGAAAAGAGAGAAAACCCUUAUUGUUCUUAAGUCCCUGUCUCCCGUGGCGACCUGGCCGACAGGAAGGAGAGAAAGCCCCUCUUGCACAGCAUCACUUUUUAACAAGGUAGAAGAAUCAUUGCUACUAUGGAAAAUACAAUCAGGAUGCUCUUAUUAUAAUGAUGUUUUCUUGUCUUUUGUUCUGGUUUUAAUUGUUCCUUUCUAUAAUACUGAGGUACAGACUGCUCAUCUGUCUGUUUGUGAUCCAGGUAGACAUUCUCCUUAACUACAGAUCUAGGAUCAGAUUCCUGUUUUCCACAGAACCUAACAUUCACCAUUGGAGGGAUUAGAAGCCUGUGUCAGUGUUAAGGAGACAUUUGUACCUACUCGACUCGCUCUGUGCCUUUCAUCUCAUGACAAGUAUUACUGUGGCAGAUCUCGUAUGUAUGUAUAUGUGUUAUUUUUCUGCAGUUCUUAUGUUGCCAAACUUUGUGUCAACCCUAGACCUUUUCUUUGACUUGUUUCUCGUUGAGCCAGUUCUCUUCAAUGAUUUAGUGUUUGAAAUCGUUGUGUAGAGAGUCAUAAGCUAACCAGAUGCAUUGAAAGUCAAUCUGCAAUUAGAAUAUUCGGUCAACCCAACAGCAACCCUCGGCAGUAUCAGUUCUGUGUUUAGGUUCUGUUCUCCUUUUUUAUCUUGUAUUAAGUUAUGUACAUUUCUUGUUUUUGUUGCCUUAUCCAUAUUACACACGACUAUGUCCCUGUACAUUGGCUAUAAAUUCUUGAGUCCAAAGUCAAACCUAACCUCAAGGCCCCUAAUAAAUCUAAACAUAUCUGAUUUGUGUAAGCAGUAUAGUACUACAAUAGUUUCUACCAUAUUAUUUUACACCACUUGUCAGGUCUAGGCGGCUCUCUCUAAGUGUUGAUUUGGGAUGUCCUCUGCCCUAACCGUAGUCCCAGGCCAGACUUUCAUUCCACUGUAUCUUGAAUCUGCCGAUCUACACCAACUAGUGUUGCUCUAUAUUCAUGUAACAGAAAUGAACAUGUUCUUAAACCAAUUAACAAAAAUCCUUAGUCCUAUGUGAUGAUUUUUUUUAGCACAACUCCUACUUCAACUGUCACCUUUUGAAUAUGCUCUUUCUCCACUGUAAACUAAUAAAUGUUUACUUUAUGGAAAUA